AUGGCGAAGACACAGUCCGAAUCUUCGGACGACUUCGAGUUCAUCGAAACUCCCGCUGCUCCUAGCCCUCAGCCACCUGCUGAGGAUUGUGGUGUAAGGACUACCACUUCUCCCACCAUCCAUAAUGCACCCCUCCCAGCAGACGGCCCUGGCAGUGAGACGUUCAACAACUAUAUAUUGAUCGCCCUGUUGGUUUUUAUUCCUUGGUGGAUUGCUCGCCAGGUCUACGGCGGUUUUUAUACAACUCUUUUCUUUGCGCUCUUCACCACCAUUCCGGUCCUCAUCACAUACUGGAUUGUCACCUCCCGUAUAUCACCACGGCGAAAUGAAAAAGUGAAGCUUCCAGGUCGUCCCAUCGAGCACUACGUGAGCUUCCGCAAACAGGAGGAUCGGGAACGAUACUAUGGCAGAAACAAAAUCCCCAUGUUCGAUUUCUUUGAAAAAUACUUUGACGAGGAAGUCGAUGUGAAAGGAGACAUGCUUGAUGUACUGGAGUACAGACACGACUGGGCUAAUUUCAAGUUCACGUGGCCAGCGUUCAAGCAUGUCUUUGUCGGCUUUGGUCCAGAAAUGCUGUGGCACAGUCGAUCGCAGGAUGAAGAGCAGGUACGAGACCAUUACGAUCGUGGUGAUGACUUCUACGGCUGGUUUUUGGGACCUCGCAUGGUCUACACCUCAGGCAUCAUCUCGGAUGUCAACCACGAGGAAACACUGGAGCAGUUGCAAGACAACAAGCUCGCUAUAGUGUGCGAGAAGCUUGGUUUGAAGCCUGGCGAGAAUCUGCUGGACAUUGGCUGUGGGUGGGGCACUCUCGCUAAGUACGCGAGUGUCAACUACGGAGCACAUGCUACUGGCGUUACCCUUGGCAAGAAUCAGACGAUUUGGGGCAACAAUGGCCUGCGCAAGGCCGGUAUCCCUGAAGACCAAAGCCGCAUCGUGUGUUCGGAUUAUCGUGACAUUGUUGUGCCUCCUGGAGGGUUCAAGAAGAUCUCCUGCCUCGAGAUGGCGGAGCACGUUGGUGUCCGCUACCUUGGCAAGUUCUUCUCUCAGGUGCAUGAUAUGAUGGACGAUGACGGGACAUUCUUCCUUCAGAUGGUCGGUUUCCGCACUUCCUGGCAGUACGAGGAUCUUAUUUGGGGACUUUUCAUGAACAAGUACAUCUUUCCGGGCGCGGAUGCCUCAUUGCCGCUGGACUUUGUGGUCAAGAAGCUUGAGGGGGCAGGCUUUGAGAUCAAGCAGAUCGAUACAGUUGGCGUCCACUAUUCAGCAACGAUUUGGCGGUGGUAUCGCAAUUGGUUGGCCAACUCGGACAAAGUCAAGGCCAAGUACGGAGUCAGAUGGUAUCGCAUCUGGGAGUACUUCCUUGCCUCUGCCGUGAUCUCGUCUCGCCAAGGCACAGCCACCUGCUUUCAAAUCACACUGGUGAAGAACCUCAACAGCACUCACCGAAUCGAGGGUGUGGAGAAUCACUUCGGCAUAGAAGGUGCACUGCGCGCCGGCCGAGCUCACUUGAUGGGAAAGAAGGCCGCGGACGGAGUAUCUUCGCUUGGUGAUACCAUCAAGGGUGCGCUUCGGUCCUGA